AUGCAGUAUCUCGGCCGCUUCUUUGUGAAGCCUGACAACAUCUUCUACGCGGACCAGAUCCAAGAUUUGCAGCAGAAGAAACGGGCCUGUUUGAAGUCUUACCCAGUCCAUGUGCGUGUCGUCGGCGCCAUCCAGCGGGGUGGCUUGAUGGUGGUGAAGUUCAUGACGCCGAAGGUUACUCUUCCCAAGGCUCGGCCGCCUGUCGAAUCGAUUCGUGAGAUUGACAGGUCAGGCCUUGCAAAGUACAUUGGAGCAGACAAGAACACAGCAAUCUACUCGGAUGGUGCUCCGAGCUGGCGAACCUUUGCCAAGAAGCUGAAGAUCCCUGUGGCUCAGGUGUCACACCAGCAACGACAAUACGCAGUGCAGCUUCGACGUGCUCCUCGGCCCAAGCUGAGUAAAGUCGGAGGCACGCAGUGCAUCGAUGCUGCUUGGGGAAGCCUGAAGCGCUUCAUGCCGAAGCAGGUAAAAAGAAAAGGAAAAAUGAAAGGCGUCAGUUGCAUGAAUGCAACGUUGGAACGCCGUGUGUACCAAUGGCUCUGGCGCAAAAACCUCAGAGCUGAUGGAGAUGUCACGGGACAAGAGUUCCUGGUGCACUUGUCGAAGGCUUGCCGCUGGAAGUUCGUGGAGGAAGAUCGGGAUCCCACCACCAUUCCAGUCUGGCAACGCGACUACCGCUAUGGCUUUCAGGUCCUUCGCCGCAGCAUGACCGAAGCCCGAAAGAAGGGCGAAAAGGUCUUCUGGGAUGUGAAGGUCUAUGCCGUAGAGGAACAAGGUACCCGCGUGGAGAUGAUGAACAGCGGCCUGCAGGGCUGGAUGCCCCGCUAUAUGGAGGGAACCAAAGAGAGGCCCAAGGUGGGCGACGUCCUCAAGGCGGAGUGCACUGCUUGCCCAAUGCAGCGGAUCAAUGGAGAGACCAAGCACAGCCCUUGGCCUGUCAUCUACAAGAAACCACACAAGGCGCAGCCUCAAUUCUCCCACCGCUUUUGGUUGGAGCAGCAGAGGUCCAUCAAGUUUGCUCAGACCCUGGAGGCCGGCCAAUUGAUUAAAGGCUUGGUCUAUAAGCAAUGCCCGAAAGGUCUGGUGAUGGACUUGGACAGUGAGAACGGUCGGCCCAAAGGAAUGCUGGACAUGAAUGACAUUAGCCGCAAGAAAUCCUCGCACAAGUGGGUGGCGAAGAUGUUCCCGCCGAAGACUGAAAUGCUCAUGUACGUGGUUCAUGCCGACAAAGAGAACGGGCGCAUCACCUUGUCCACGAAGGAGUUCGAAGAUGAUGACCAUGUGGGAUGGAUGCUGAGCUUUCCGGAACGCUGCUUCGCCAUGGCGGAGGAGUCGGUGAAGAAGUACCAUGAGAAGUCGGGGAGCCUCAGUGGGACGCGCCGCUUGGGGCGGCCGUGGGAGGCGAACGCUCUAGGGGCCGACACGUCGGGAGAAGGAAGGCAGCGGCUGAUGCCGGCAGUGUGGGAAGCGGACCAUGCGAGAGGCUUACAUUGGUUGGCUCCAGCGCUGAGAGAGUCGCACGCAGUCGGUGGCUUGACCGGCGCAGAAGAUCCACCGGUGAAGGUCAUGCGCGGUCAUGCUGCGCAGCAGGAAUGUCCGAACACCUCAGGACCUGAGCCCCGCGCACGCACCCUGAAGUUCCAUCGGGACUCGGGCGGUGGCGAACUGUCCAUUGGACCAGGAUGGCUGGCCAAACUGAAUCCAGAGCUCUACCGGAAGCGCCUGAAGCAGGCCUUCUUGCUUGCCGUGGUCGAACAGCGUCUCAACGAUCUGCCAAAAGAUCCCAAAAGGCGUGAAGGAGCACGGCAGACCUUGCUGCGGCGCCGAAAUUCCAUCCAGCAAGGAGUGAUUGUGGAACUGGCCGAAGGGCCUGACUGGCGCUUAUUGGCAGAGGAGAUGCAGAAGCGACACCCCAUCGUCCUGCAGAGUGCAGGAUGGCUGCCACUGAGCCGUUCCAGCAACGGCUUCUUUACGCUUCAAGGCCUCGAGUUGAGAAUCUUCGAGAGGCUGGACAGCGAGGCGUGGAAGUCCGUGGACCUCGCCGGCGUCACGAAGUUUGGGUUAGAAGAAACUGUCGUACCCAUAACAACCUCAUGA